UAGCCAGCUCAGGUGAUUGAAUCCACUCUCAUGGGCACUUUAUGACCCAAACGCCGAAAAGUUUACUCGAAAUUUCCGCCGUAUAGUAACAAUUUGUCUGUUUUCUUACCUAAUUGGCUAUUUACGGUAAAAGGACCGAGAAUUCUCCUAAUCUCUAUUCAAUUGACUAGAUAACCAAACAGAAAGAGAAAAAAAAAAAAAAAAAAAAAAAGAAGGAAGAAAGUACUCAACAUGUGAACCUGUUUUCUUACCUAGUGAGCACUUUCCUAUACAAAUCCCCUUUCUAUUUUUUCUCAAAACUAUGCACAUGGGCACUUGCCAUGUAUUCCAUCCGAUCUUCAACUCUAGUCUUGGCUCUUGCUUGGCUGCCAUAAUUAGUCCUCAUCCUAACCAUCAAACCAACCAACAGAUAUGAUAAUCUGUGAACAAUUCUUUAGUAUACGUCCAAAAAUCUUAGGCACAUAUUCAUUGUUUACUUCUGACAUCCUCCCUACAAGAUAGAUAGUCUCUCAAUUAUUGAUUGUCAUCCCAAUUUCACAGAUUCGUUGUUUGAUAAGAGUAGUCUACAACACGAGAAGUCAUAGUCUAGAUUGCUCAUACAAUAUAGUUCUGAAGGGGGACAAGCCCUUUUUUUUAUUGCUUUUCUAAAGUUGUUAGUGUAAAGUAAUAAUACAAUUAUUUGUGGGAGCAAAUUAUGUGGGUAUCAAUACCGUAGGGUGGUACUCACAUGGAGAAGCACAUGGGCGAGAAAAUGCAAAAGACACGAUUUAGAGAUUUCCAUCACAAAAAUACCAACUUGACAUAGAACGAGUCUCACAAGACAUGCUUUGCUCUCGUUCCACUCCAACCAAACUUGGUUUCAGCUUCAUCUUGUCCUUUUCUUCUUUCCUUCAUAAUUACCAAAACAACCCUCCAAAUGUUUCUAUUGCCCACUUGUCUUCCUUUCGCUUCCAGCUCUUCUUAGUUCUUCCUCCUCAGUUGUCUCAUUUUAUGUCUCUACUAAUCAAACUAAUUCUUGAAUGUUUAUUUUUGUAAAUUAUGUAAAAAGACCAUUGCUUUCCUUUGUUGCCUUAUGCAUUAAAAGCUUAAUGACAGCAAAAUCUAAAAUUUCUUGCCCAUUAUCAAUUUUGAUCUUAUUUAAAUGCCUUGAGGAUUCAAUGAAUUCAGCCAAAAUCCAACUCCAAGAUUGUGUUUGCUGUAGAACAUGCUGACAGGUUUUAGGCAAUUAGGAGGAAUCUUAUUUUGGAUAUCUGGUUAGGAAAGCUUUAAAAUCUAUUCAAUAAUGAUUGAUCAUGAAAAAAAAAUUGAGAUGGGUUAAUGUUGCAGAAAAAGAUGGUGAGUUAAAAAAACAAUUGAUUAAAAUUAUGAUAAGCUAGGGGCAGAAGCAGCAUAAGCUAAUGCUGUGGACCAACAAAACAAAUCCAUGUUAUGUCACCUGAUCGGAUAGAAUCAAAACACAUGCAAGAUCUCAUAAAAACAUGGGGACUCAAGACGAGAAUGAAAAAUCUUUCCACAUGUAAUCACAUGAUGAAUGUGGCAAACCCAUCACCAUUGCCACAGUAGAUCAUUAAAAAGACAAAAAACAAAAGAAAAAGACACUAACCCACAUUGAACCACUUUCUGUUCCCUCUUCCUCAAGUUAAGUUUGAAAUUAAACAAUCAUUAGCCCAACUCAAAUCCAAAUUCUUUUAUUAAAAAACCCCCUAAUUAGGACAUGAAAGUCAUUAUUUAAAAAGCUGAGGGCAUUUUGUUCUAUAAAAAUACCUACCCAUUAACGAACAUCAUUCGUCCUGUUUCUAUAAACGCCAAGUAUAACCGAAAAAAAAAUCGAAAGCUAAUCUUUCAGCAAAAAUUGGUCAUCAAUGGCAGAGCUAGAGAGCCCAGAUAUGAUGCCAAAGCUCAUCACAUUUCUCUCUUCUCUGCUUCAGAGGGUAUCCGAGUCCAACGAUCUUAACUGCCAAUUUCAUCCCCAGAAAAUUUCAGUCUUUCAUGGACUAACUAGACCCACUAUCUCCGUUCAAAGCUAUCUAGAGAGGAUCUUCAAGUAUGCAAAUUGUAGCCCAUCUUGUUUCAUCGUUGCCUACGUUUAUCUUGAUAGAUUUGCUCAAAGGCAGCCCUCUUUGCCUCUCAAUUCUUUCAAUGUUCAUCGUUUGCUUAUAACAAGUGUCAUGGUUGCCGCCAAGUUCAUGGAUGACAUGUAUUACAACAAUGCUUAUUAUGCAAAAGUUGGAGGGAUCAGCACAAUAGAGAUGAACUAUCUUGAAGUAGAUUUUCUAUUUGGAUUGGGAUUCCACCUGAAUGUGACUCCCAACACUUUCCACACAUACUGUUCCCACCUCCAAAGGGAGAUGAUGCUUCAACAUCAACCUCCAAGCUUAGCAGAAUCUUCACUGAACUUAGGGAGAUCUCUAAAGCUCCAUUUGUGUUUCAAUGAAGAUGAAACAUCCCAUCAAAAGCAGCAACUUGCUGUUUAAGCCUUUUCAAUAUAAGCACUAAAUGUAGUUAGCUAUAGAGAUAGUGACUCUCCUCCUGUAAUUUUCAUUUUUCAUAUUUUGGGAUUGGCAGAAGCUCUGUACUAUUUGUUUCUUGUCUGGGUUUCGUAUUAUUCAAAUUAUUUGGUAAUGUACAGAUGGGAUUAUCUUUACAGUGUGGCUAAUCAAAAUGUCUCUCUCCUAUAA